UUCACCAAUGAGGACAGAAAUGGAUCGACUUAAUUUUGUCUUUGUUGUUUUCCUUUGUCUAGCUGUUUCAGAUGUGUAUUGCAAGUUACCUCGUAAAGUUCACAAGACGAAUGGUGGUAAGAUAGUUGGAGGCAGUGAGGCCUCUAUACAAAACUAUCCUUACCAAGUUUAUUUGUUACUGAAGCAAGCCUUCACAGGAGAUUAUUACCAAUGCGGCGGGUCCAUUGUCACAUCGCGAUGCGUCCUCACGGCUGCUCAUUGCAUAACCGGUAUGGAAUCUGUGAACAUCAGAGUAGGCAGUACCGACGCAUCCAGUGGUGGCACUACUUAUAACUCCAGAACAAUGAUAAUGCAUCCUCAAUAUAACGCUGGGAGUAGCGACUACGAUAUUGCUGUGAUCAGAUUGUUGAGACGUAUCAAUAUAGACGGUACUAACAGUACAACAGUCACAUUGCCGUCUGGGAACUGCACCGUACCUGCGGGCACUAACUUAACUGUUACUGGAUGGGGUGAUACUAUGGAAAAUGGAGUUAGCAGCGAAACUUUGAUGGCGGUGUCGGUUGACGCGGUGGAUUACGAUGAUUGCAAGAAGGUCUAUUCGAACUUAACUCCAAGGAUGAUAUGUGCCGGUGUGCCUGAAGGCGGCCGAGAUUCUUGUCAGGGUGAUUCCGGUGGUCCAUUAGUAAAAACUGGUACCAAACAACAAGUGGGUGUGGUAUCGUUUGGUAUGGGAUGUGCAAGACCUGGUACUCCUGGCGUGUAUAGUAAUUUGUGUAAUCCAAAUAUUCAAAGAUGGAUUAGAAUGAUGGGUUGCGCAUAAAUUGUUAAUUCUUGUACUUAUUUGUUGUGUAAAUCAAAUAUAGAUCUAUGAGAUCUAGAUAUCAAAUUGACACGAACAUACGGACAUAUUUUUUUUAAUUAUAAUACACAGCAAAACAGUUUCAGUUUUAAUAAUGAUUGUCUACUGUUUGUAAUUUUUGAUGCCGAUGAUUUUCU